UAUGUCCGCGGUCACACUAAAAACAAAAAAUUAACUUUGUUUACAAUUUUUGUUUGUAUUAUUGAAAAGAACAUCGACAUUAAACUAAUUGCCUUCCAUCCACUUCUUUGACCAUAACAGGUUGCCAAUCAAACAAGGGUAGCGAGGUAGCAUAACAUAAAAUGAAUAUUUUACCAAAGAAACGCUGGCAUGUGCGCACCAAAGACAACAUUGCCCGUGUGCGCCGGGAUGAGGCCGCCGCUGAAGAAGAGGAUCGCAAGCGCCAGGGAAAACUUGAGUUGGCUGAAAGCGAGGCACGCAUCAAUUUCCUGCGCCGGCAAUCGGGCCUCCCCGAGAAAGCCACAGUGCCAGCCCGGGCCGAAGAUGGAGCCGACGCCACACCCACAUCUGGCACCGCAAGCGAACCGAGAGGUGUGGAUCUGUUUGCGGACUACAAAACGCACGUGAAGACCACAAACAAAGAUCUGGAAAAGGAGCAAAAGGAUGAGCAGGAAAAGUAUGAGAAACAGAUUGGAUAUCUCACCUAUCUGGGCCAAGACACCAACGAGGCACUGAAAACGCGCAGUUGGUACGAGGUGGCACCCAAGCGAUCCGAAGCCGGAGACCACAAUGCCACUGAAGCACACCUCAUGCAGAAGCUAUCCCACGAUCCGCUUACACUGAUAAAUGCCCUGAUUCCACCGGAGAAAAAGGCGCCGAAACGCAUUCCCAAAAGGAAAGUGGAACCGUCACCGGAACCUUCUCUGGCGGCACCAUCUCCCACACAUUCAGCCCACAAAUCGAAAAGGCACAAGAAAGAGCACAAAAAGGGCAUCAGGGAGAGUAAACACAAGAAACAUAAAAGCCACAAAAGUGGAAAGGAGUCGAAAGAACUGGCCCUGACUGCUGAGCGGCACAAGCGGGAGAAGCUGGAGCGGCUGCGCAAGGAACGACUGCGUCGGGAAGCAGCUGAGCGCCAACGAUCCGAGGCCUUGUUUGCACCACAGGAGGCUGCGGUGCACGUGCCCGCCAGUGCAGCGAGCACGCCAGCGCCAACUCCGAAGAUUGUUCAGAAGUACAAUAGCCAAUUUAAUCCAGAGUUGGCCAAGCAAAAUAUGCUUUAACUGCAACGUCACAUAUACUUUUUAGAACAAUGUUAUUUGUAAGUACGGCAGAUUUUCAUUGUUGAAAUAAUAAUAAAUGCGAUAAAGUUGUUUGAAAAUAACCGUCUUCGUGGAAGUUAAUUGGUGUUGAAAAACGUGUAAAGACUACUGAGAAUUCGAUAAAUUUGGUAAUAA